UCUGAACGUUGGGCACAGUUGGAUAAUUGGCGGGUUAGACGUUAAAGAAGUUGUACGCGAGUAUCAAAAUGACAGAUUUGAGACUUCAAUAUAAAAAGAAACCGCCUGGCUUCAGCGAUAUUAGAGAAAGCAGAGCCCUUCGAACAGAAAAAUAUGAAGAACGGAGAAAGUUACAACGCGCUGAGAAUUUCUCGAGAAACCGAGAUUUGCUUGACAACGAGCGCACAGACCAAGAUGCAGUGGAAGACCGUUUGGCACAGCUUGCUAAAUGGAAAGCAGCACGAGAACGGAAAAGAUUAUUUGAUCAGCGACACAAGAAGCCUGUAUUUAAAGUCGGUAUUGUGCAUCACAAGCUGUAUUCACCACCGAUCAAAAUGGAAGACAAUACAUCUACAAAUCAAUCUACCAGAUUAUGUAAAUGUAUUCCUGCAAAACCUGGAUUGCCGCAGAGAAUCACCAGAGCGACCCAGAAACGCCUGGCAGCUAAAGCAGCUGCUAGUCAUGUUAAAGAUAAACUUGCAAAUGUACAAAAUGUUCAGAAUACUGUCGAAGCAAUACGUUUACCAAGUGACAGUUCCUUUGCACCAAAAGAUCAUAAAUUUAAACCUCCCAAAGGAUUAAGUAGUUAUCCAUUAUUUGGACGUGUCCAUUUACACGACAUAACACAGGAUAGUCCUGAGUGUUUAAGAGAGGAUGUAAAAGAGAAGUCAUUCUUUGAAUCAGAUAUCUUGAGUUCUAAAGAAGAGCCUGUUGCAAAUUCAUCUAUCGAAACUGUUACAUUGCAAUUAUCACCUGAUGAUCAUAAUGUUAGCCUACAAGAUACUGCCUCUAACGUGUUAAAAGAUAAUGAUCAGGUUAAAACUAUAUCAGAUUCGGAUAAUGAUUCGAUAGUUACUGGUAUACAACAGAUAGGUACACCAGUAAUGCCAAUAAUGUUUUCUCCUUAUGUUGUAUCCAGCCGUGGAAAGAGUAAUAUUAGAAAGGAACUACAGAUCCGAAAACAACUUUCCCUUUCCAAUGUCUGUCCCACUAAGGAAACUAUUAUGGAUAGUCUGAACAUAUCGAUUGAAGAUGAAGAAAGAACUGCAAAAUAUUUCAAGUUCCUCAUGGACAAAGAGGCAAACCGAUUAACGGAUCUCUGUACAAGAUGGACUGAAGAAGAACAGUCUGCAUCCAUUACCGAAGACGGGCGAUAUUUAAUAAAUCAAGCAGUCGGACAAACAAAAUUACUUUUAAAUAAAAAAUUUGCAAGAUUUGGGAAAUUAGUACAAGAUUGUGAAACAGGCGAAGGAAAAUUAUUGGUCACUUGCAGGGACUUACAGGGGUUUUGGGAUAUGACAUACAUGGAAGUUAAUGACUGCAUCUCCAGAUUUGAUAAACUGGAAAAACUUAAAACAGCAAAUUGGGUCGAAGAUCGGCCAGAUUCUGCAAAACGAGUUUUAAGGAAGAAAGUUCCACGUAAAAAGAAAGUUGUACCUUCAAAACCAAGUAUGGUUGGAGCAAUGAUUCGUGCAGCUAGGAAAGCAAAAGCUCCUCCUCAAAAGAAUGAUGCGGACAAUGAGGAUGAUAUAAUUCUGAUGGACAGAAAAAGAUUGAGUUCUGUUAAAAAGGAAUCAGAAUCUGAAAACUACUUAGUUCCACAAAAAAGUAUAAAAGAACCUGAUUUUACAAUGGUUCGCAGUUGUACCCCAAAAACUCGGAGAAGUACAUCAAAAGCUCGACAACACGCAUCCAAAGGAUCUAAAGAAAGUACACCUAAGCCUUCAAGAAGAACUUCUAAAAGUCGAAACAGAUCAGGUCCUUUACAGGAAGUGCAACAAUCAAAUACAUCGAGCAUGGUUAGAAGUCCAUUGAUAGCUAUGAAAAUAAGUUCAAUUUGUAAAACGCCGGACAUUAGAUUAGAUGAUUUAGUGUCACCAUGUAAUUCGUCCCACGUGCCAGGAAGAAGUAUACUCAAACGGUCAGAUGAUUCUAUGCAUAUAGUUUGUCCAUCACAAUCUAAAAAACUAACGCACAAAGUUAAUUUCAAUGAUACGGUAACAUUCAAUGAGGUCGAUUUAAGCCCAGAAGGAAAAAAAGCAAAUGAUGUCUUGUAUGGUAGUGAUUUGGAGGGCGAUAAUACCGAAUUUGAAGUUAGAGCAGAAAAGAAGCUGAACUUUGAGGAUGACGGCUUUGAAGAAAUUAAAGAAAAUAUUAAAAUGGAUACACCACCGAAUCUGCAAUCAAUGACUAUAUCAUCAAAUUUGGAAAACUUAUUCGGGCAGGACUCUAAAGAAGCUUUACAUGAAUCCACUGAAGAGGAUAUUUUAACAAAACACUUACGAAAUAGAGUAAUUACAGUGCUGGCUACCCCUAGACGCAGUAGAGAUAGAAAGAAAACGUUGGAUCGUGAGGAAAUUGAGGGAAGGUUAACGUCUAACAGUCCCCCUCUUAUCAAACAACAGAGAGCAAUUAAAAAUAGAAGAACCAUUGCUUCUAUAUCUACUACUUCGGUAACACCCAGUAAACAAGAAACUCCUAGUAGACGGAGACGUCGAAGUAGUGCCAAAGGUUAUGCUGCCAAAAGUUGAAGUCUGCCAGACUUUAAUUAACUUAAAUAAUAUUCAAGCAAUUUUAAAUAUUUUAUAUGAAAGGACAAAAUAUGUACGUGUGGACGGUGUUAGAAUUUAGGUGAACUAAGUUCCUUAAAUUUAUAGAAGUUUCUACAUGUUUUUAAGCCGUUGAAUUUGUACAAUGUUACGUGUAUGUUAUGACGUUCAAAUGUACACGGACAUAGAAUAAAAAUUUGAAUGAAUA